AUGCCUACAAUUCUCAAGUAUCGAUGGUAUGACUUUACUGCAGCAACAGAAGAGGUCGAGUUCUCCGACCUAACGAUGGUCUCCAAGUUCCUGAACAUCGAAGCAGACAAAUGUGGUGCCUUCGCGACCUCAAAAGAGAAGAGCGGUUUCAGAAGAACUCAUCGACAAGCGACGCAUUCUACAAGGGAAAAGGAGUUAAAAGAAAGAGAUUCAAGACAGUCAACAGAGAAGACUUGUCCUAUGUAUGAAGGUGGACUCCUCGUCGACUGUCAGAAGUUCCAGAAGACGUCAGUGCAAGAUCGAUGGGCAACAGCAAAGAAAAAGUCACGUUUGCUUCAAAUAUCUUCAAGGGAAACAUCAAAAGGAGAGCUGCAAGAACCACCAUGUAAGGAAUGCAAGAGGUGGCAUCAUCAUUUGCUGCACGUCGAAUCAGAAGACAGGACCUCGGGAGAGAAGAAGGCGGAAACACAAGAAGGAGUAGCAAGCGUCAUGACAUCAGUAAAUGCAGUCAUCAACGCAAGGGUAUACCUGAAGAUAGUUCCAGUAGAAAUCUUCGGGCCAAAAGGAUCCAAAAGAAUAUUGACCCUCAUGGAUGAAGGGUCGACGGUGGCGCUUAUUGAUGAAAAGGUCAAAGCAAGAAGAAGGAUUCUCAGACACUGGACCUUGUAG